AGAGAGAAGAGAAGGGGAUUUAGAGUUAGAGUCAUUGCGUAGUGGUGGGCAGUAAUAAACGGCGUAAAAAUAUACACAGAGGGGACACCGAGGAUCAGUAGAAGAUCCCCGAGCGCAUAAAAUUUCCACCUAAAUGUAUUUAUUGACGAAGAGGAAGAGGAGAACGAAAAGAAAUAGCGUGAUACUCGUUGGUAAGGUGGAUGAAGAUUUUCCCUAGAUAUAUACUGAUGAGUUUGCAGGACAGUUUGUUCUCCGAAUACGUGGAGCGGGAUAUUAAGGAGUUUACCGUAAAAAGGGAACGAAAAAGAGUACUCGUCUUCCCGCCUGUAAACAACUACAGAAGGUUCAUCAUACACCAAUCGGUACAGAAUCAAUAUCAAGAUUUAUUGUACACUUUUUCUAUCGGCCAGGGUGCCCAGCGAAGGACCGUCGUGUGCUACAAGACUGAUGUCGUAAGGGACCCCAAGUUGAAUGGUGCCUCACCCGAAACGUGCGGUUUUAAAGUAUCGGACUUCGCUUGUGCCAUGGGAGUAGAGGGGCAUAGAUCGGCGUUAGAAUCGCCAGAGAAUACGCGUCAAAGACAAGUGAAAUCAGUGCCAUCCAUUGGAAUUUACCGACCCCCGCCGGCGAGAAAAGCGAGAUGUGAUGUCCAGACUGAUUCUCAGCAGGAUCAACCAGCUUCCGAAUCUUCCCAAGCAUCCAAGGCCAAUCGACAGAAGAGACCAGACCGUGCAGUUUAUGUUCCUAAACAUCGACGUAGUAACGAAGCCGAGGCAAGCUCCUUGUCUCGAGAAACUUGCAGAGCUCCACGGUCAACUAGAGAACGGCGUAGCACAACGUCUUCACCUGCCCAUACAAGCCUCAGAUCUUAUAACGAUAAUCGUGGAAUUGUGUCAGAUUCCUUUAAUAACGGGACACAAGAGAUAGAACGUGAAGUCGAAGUCUCAGAUGUUGCACCUGUUUUAGAAACAGAUAGAAAUCUGUCCGGCGCGAUUGAGAUUCCAAUUGGUCAGGAAUCCACACAGACUCAAAAUAUAAUUAUAGAUGAUGUAUUGAAUACGAGUAGCAUUAGUAGCUUAGUUAAAAAUAACGACAAAUUUGUCAGCGAAAGAUUAACGAACUCUGAAGCUGAUGUUUUUCUACCAAGUGACUCUACGGUAAUAACUGAACGAAAUGUCGACAGCUACGUAGAACCGACAUUGAAGAAAGGAAAUUGUACUCCAAUAUUAAAUAGGCUGGACGACGAAUCAAGAGAUGCCUGUUUAAGGGGAGAACCUGAAAUAGUACAAACAGACACAGAACCUAAUAAAGAGCUGCGGCAGUGCGGGACUGGACUGAUAUUAGAUAGUUGCGAAGCUGCGUCGAGUGAAUUAGAGAUAAACGAGGAUCGACAAUCGCCAAUGAGUGUAGAAAAGGGAGAGGGUGGCAGAAAUAUCAUCGAGUCUGUUGAACGGGAUGAAAUAUAUCCGCAAAUCGUUAAGAACGAGGAUAGUUCAGAUUUAAUCAUGUCGGAAGAUCGUAACAGAAAGAAGGAGGAAACCAAAGAGGAACUUCUCAAUUGCGACGAAGUUGUCAAUCACAAAAAUAGAAGGAUAGUUAGGCAGAAUAUAGUAUCAGAUGUAUUAUUAAUCUCUGAUGAGAAACCCCGGCAAGAUAUUAUUAUAAACGAACCACCAGCAAUUCCGGUUUCCCCAUCACUGCCGACAAAGGAGAAAAAAGUAAAAAAAAUCGAAAGAUCCAAGAGCAAACCAGCUCCACCACCUCUACCAUCCUCUAAAGUUAAUCGGGACGACUGCGAUUGGGAUAGCCUUUUUGACGAUAAUGGAGAUUGCUUGGAUCCUACAUUGAUUGAAGAAUUAACUACAACUGUAGGCGAAGUUACAAUAGAGAAACCCAAGAGUGACUACAGGGCGUAUUCAAAAGCGCCGGUGGAAGUAUCCAAUGAUGAGUUUGCGCAUGUUGUUGAGAUAUAUAAUUUCCCAUCAGACUUUAAAACUAGCGACCUUGCAGCUGUCUUUAGUCCUUUCAAAAAUGGAGGAUUUGAACUAAAAUGGGUUGAUGAUACGCAUUGUCUGGGUGUAUUCAGCAGCCCUCUUAUAGCUGCUGAGGUCUUGGCAUCGGAUCAUUCGUUUGUAAAGACUCGGCCCCUCAGCGAAGCGACAGCAUUGAGCAAAACGAAAGCAAGAAGAAGUGCCGAAUUCUUACAGCCUUAUCGAGCAAGGCCAGAAACUUGCGCAGCAUUAGCAAGACGAUUGGUAACUGGAGCACUAGGCGUGAGACUGGCGACAGCUAGACAAGAGCGUGAGAGAGAGAAGGUUGUGCUACGUGAAGCAAAAGAGAGACGAAGGCUAGCUAACAAACAACGAGCAGAUGCUUGGCAAGGAGUCGUAGCAGAAAAGUAGCAUUUAUUAUAUAGAAAGAUAAUAUUAUUGCAAAAUUUCAUAACGUUGCCUAUGAAUACUAGUGCCUUGCUCAUCUAUUUUCAGUAUCAACGAAAGCACAAUACAAUUUGUUAAACUGAGUCGGCCAUAGGUGUUGGGUAUUUUGGUAUUUAAAUAACGCCGGUAGAUGAGUGUGGCAUGAAAACGCUAUUGUGAUUCUUUCAUGUCCUUAUAUUGUGAUAAACUCCUAAGUUUUAAGUUUGAUUAAUACAGGUAAUUCUUUGACUCAAAUAUUCUCUAUUCUUCAUAACUGUAUGCAUAUCAUUUAAGAAAUGAUAAAAAAUAUUAUAACGCGUUGCCAAAACACUGAAUAUAAGACGACCUGAAUACGGGGAAAUGAUAUUCGGUAGUGUAACUAAUACGAUGGAAAUCAUGACAGUUUAUAUACCUUUUCACAGUUUUAUGAAAACAUUUAUUCAAAUAGUGAGUUCCGUACUCCGAUGGCUGUCUCUAUUACGAAUAAAUACAGUUGAAAGAUGUACGAAUCGAAAUAUAAUAUUUAUAAGUUUAAACGAGACGCGAUUCAAUUUCAGACAAUAAAAUGAUUUGUAAUUACAAAUUAGAGUUUCUAUGCCGUUAUAUUAAAAUUUGAAAGAUUGCAGGUGGAUA